AUGACGAAGAAGAAGAAGUCAAGCAAUGAUGCAGGCGCUAUCGAUGGGCCUGCAUCUGACAAACCAGCCACUCCGUCUACACUCAGUGCUGCUCCUACUUUGACCGCGCUGCAACCCACAGCCAAGAGCAAAAGCCCUGAUCCAUCAACUUCGGCUUUAAUCAUAUGCCGUAACAAGCAUUGGAGAUACAUCUCGAGCUUCCACGGCCCUUGGCUGCAGCUGCCCCCUGAAGUUUUGGAAUCGCUUGCCUUUAGCAACUAUGACUCUCCACGUCCCCGUCCCAUCGAUCCGGCUGUCUUCUUCGAUCUGGUCAAGGUUCGGCGUCUGGUAGAGGAGGCAACCGAUCUCGCCGUACGCGCUGCCAAUGGCACAACAUCCUCCGCCUUGAGCAAUUCUUUGAGUGCGGGAAACGGGAUCCUAGGUGGUGGAGGCGCAGCUGCUUUGGGAUUGGGCAUUGGUGGUGGUGGACCCAAUGCAAAAUUGAGCAGAGAAAGAAAGCAUCGAAUGCGAGAGCAGGCGACCCAAAAGCUGUCGCGCGCAUACCAGUUCGACGAAAUUGCGGCUAGUGUGGCUACAAUGCAGGGGGCCUCUUCUUUGGAGGAGGUCGCAAAGCUCGUUUUACAACGAAGUGCAAACGAUACUGACGCCAAGUACGUCCAUUUCUUCCACGAGAAGAUUCCUUCCAGGAUGCUUGCGCAGUGCACCACACUCGAGUCAUUAGACCAAGUCAUUCAAGAUCGCCCCACGGAGGGAUCGCUUCUACGAACAAGGGCUGUCACGAGGAUUUUCAAAGAUGACUACGCAGGUGCUGCACGUGAUCUCACAGAGGCACUGUCGGUCUGCCGAUAUACCAUGGCACAGCACAAAGCAGGAAGGGGACAAUUAGAGCUUGCGAAUGCUCUAGGAGGGUCGGAAAGAAAGACCGGUAGCGCACGGGAUCGAAAGUAUGAGGCUGCCAAGAUCGAGGAGGCAGAUCAACCAGGUAGUCUCGAAACGCAAUUGCUUUUCCACCGCGCAGGCGUGUACCUCACCCUUGCUUGUCAGAAUGUCAAUGCCUCGCUAGACGGAUUGAAAGCAGCGCAAGGAGCAUCAGCAUCCCAGCCAGAAGUUUCACAGAGCCUUGCAGAUAAAGAAGCUCAUGAGAGACGGCUAGAAGCGCGCAAGUUAGUAAAGACCAACGCCAAACGGGCUCUCCGAGAUUAUCUGGGCUUUCUUUCCUACUUCGACUAUACACCAGGUCUACCAGCAGAGAUCGCCGAGGAAUUUUUUCGAAAAGUCAACGCCGCAGCAGGGGGCUAUGCGAAGCCAAAAGGAACUCCUCCUGCAAGUAGGCUUCUCGAAAUGUCCGGAAACUCUAAUUUGAGUAACGGACAUCUCUCUGAUGCACUCGUUCCUCACAAGGGUAACGACCGCCGUCAUCGUCGUGCUUCCAGUAGUGGCCAUUACGAGAAUCCAUACGCUGGACUUCCUCUGCCCGAGAUCUACCCGGUCUCUUCUCUUUUCUCAUCGUCGCCUCCUGACGAUCUCCCGCCUUACCCAGUGAUUUCACAAGCAAUCGUACCUCGCAAGCCCUUCGCAGUGCAGAAGAGCACAGAUAACGUUACGAACCAUUUCAUGGCACAGUCCGAGCAGCACGAAGCAGUUACGUACCAUCCACUAUUCACAGAUGCUCUCCACUCUCUGCUGCUAUGUCAUUCGCUCAUCCAGACGUCCCCGAAGGAACAUCUAAGACACGCUCAUAUGGUAGCCCGGUUGGCCCGCGUCUGCGACGGCUAUCCGAUCUUCCUAGCUGCCCGUUCACCAAGUCGCGCAGAUUGGAUUGAAGUCGUGCGUCGUGCCAACAAUUGGAUCGGGCUCCAGCAGUCCUGGGAGAUACUGUGUGCACCUGCUCCAUUGCCUGGCCAUGCUGGCGCAACCAAGAAAGAGGAAACUGAGGAACAAGCAAAAGAGCGUCGUAGGCAAGAGGCUAUCCUGGAAGCUUUAGCUGACGAGCGUGUGCACGACGAGGCGAGCUUUCAGGCUGCCGUAGCGGCAAGAGAACGCAGAGCCGAGGAGCAAAGAAGAGAGGAGCUCGGUCAAGAUGGUAAUAGUCCGAAACGGUGGGCACAAGAAGACGGGAAGGAGUAUCCCAUCAGCACUGAGAGGGCGGAGGCUAUUGCGAGGUGGGUGAGAGAAGCCCCACUUACUGUUGCUGGCGCUGGGAAAACGAAGCGGGGACCAAAGAAAGGCAAGGGGCGGAAAGAGCCUGAGCGUGGUGCAUCUGACCUGGGCGCUGGUGUGGAUCGCUUGGCCGUGAAUGGCGAGCAGGUCGGUGAUGGCGGGAAUGACCUUGAGGAAAGCGGCGGCCCCUAG